GGCCUUGGUUAUAUAACAUAGAGAGAGAGAGAGAAAUAACAGAGCGAAGUGGAGCCAUGAACGAUUCAGUAAAGAGCGGGAAGGAACAGAGAGAUUUUUUGUGAGAUCGGAAGGUGUUUGUGAAUAGAGAAGGGAUGAAAAUGUUGAGGGAUCAGCAAGAAACCGUCGCCGGCGAAGAUGGUCGGACGGUGGUGGUAGGGGUGAAAUUGGAUGGAGAGAGUAGAGAGUUACUCACUUGGGCUCUCGUGAAAGUCGCUCAACCAGGCGAUCGUGUUAUUGCCCUUCAUUGCCUCAGCGAGACAGAUGUACUUGAUCAAGAUGGGAAAUCAUGUCUUCUCUCGCUGGUCAAGGCUUUUGAUUCUAUACUUGCUGUGUAUGAAGGUUUCUGCAAUUUGAAACAGGUGGAUCUAAAGCUUAAGAUCUGCAGAGGGUCUUCAGUUCGGAAAGUUAUAGUGAGAGAAGCGAAAGCUUAUGGGGCUACGAAGGUCAUUGUGGGGACUUCGAAGAGCCACCAUACAAUUGGGUCUUCGGUUUCGGUUGCAAAGUACUGUGCGAGGAAGCUUUCGGAAGAUUGUUGUGUUCUUGCCGCUAAUAGUGGCAAAGUUGUGUUUCAGAGGGAAGCGUCUUCCGUGGCCUCCAGUGGCUCUCGAGGAGAACACCAUAGCCUACGCAGGAAUUUGUUGUGUGCCAUUCAGCGCUCAUUGAGUAAACAUCAUAAUAAUAAGCUACUAAAGGAUGCAUCAGCAGCGGCUUUAUCUAAUCAGGAAUCCUGUAGGGAUUCUGGAGUGGAGUCACUGAAUGCAGAGUUGGAUUGUUCAGAGACUUUACUAAGACAGAAUUGUUCAAUUUGUAUACCUGGCACUGAUUUGCUGGAUUAUCAACAACACAGAGAAGACUCUAAUGGUGAUGAGAACGAAGACAAUUCUCUGGCUGUGGUGCCUGUACAGACUCUAGAAGGAGCCUCAAGUUCAAUCUCGCUUUUGAUCCGGGAAAUUCCAGAGUUGAGACCUGGUUGGCCUAUUCUUCGCCGCACGAUUUUGUCCAAUCGGCAGUCUGGGGAGGGCUCCCAUGGGAAGCAGGCCUCUGUAGUUCAGUGGGCAAUGCGGCUACCCAGCAGGUUUUCUUCAAUAGCCGUCUAUCCAGAUUGUAAGCAAGUAAUCAGUCAUCAGCCUGAUGAAGUUUGUAGUACUAAAUUGGAUGGGGAGAGCGGAGCAAUUGUUCCAGUAGGGAUCAAUGCGAAUUCUCCUCCAUCUUCACCCUGCUGUGGGUCUAAGAACAUUCCCAACGAGUUGGAAGGUCUCCACGAUAAGUACUCAUCCACAUGUAGAUUAUUUGGGUACCAGGAACUCGUGUCGGCAACCUGUAACUUUAAGCCUGAUAAUUUGGUUGGAAAAGGAGGGAGUAGUCAGGUUUAUAGAGGGCAUCUUCCAGAUGGAAAGGAAUUAGCAGUGAAAAUUUUAAAGCGGUCAGAGAAUGUGUUGAAGGAAUUUGUAUUAGAAAUUGAGAUCAUUACCACCUUACAUCACAAGAACAUCAUAUCCCUCUUUGGGUUCUGCUUUGAGGACAACAAUCUUCUCUUGGUUUAUGAUUUCUUGUCCAGGGGAAGCCUUGAAGACAAUCUUCAUGGUAAUAAGAAGGACGAUUCAGCAUUUGGUUGGGCAGAGAGGUUCAAAGUGGCUUUGGGUGUCGCUGAGUCUCUGGAGUAUCUACACACUGGCAGCUCUCAAAAUGUGAUCCAUAGGGAUGUGAAAUCGUCAAAUAUCCUUCUCUCUGAUGAUUUUGAGCCACAGCUGUCAGAUUUUGGACUUGCUACAUGGGCUUCAGCCUCCUCAUCCCACAUAACAUGCACAGAUGUUGCAGGAACUUUUGGAUAUUUGGCUCCUGAGUACUUCAUGUAUGGCAAAGUAAAUGACAAGAUUGAUGUCUAUGCCUUUGGUGUUGUACUUCUUGAGCUUCUGUCAGGAAGGAAGCCCAUCUGCAGUGACUGUCCAAAGGGCCAAGAAAGCCUGGUUAUGUGGGCAAAACCAAUUCUCGAAGGUGGAAAAAUCACCCAGUUGUUAGAUCCAAGCUUUGGGGAUAAUUAUGACCAUGAUCAGAUGGAGCGGAUGGUUUUAGCUGCCACCCUCUGUAUCAGACGCUCACCUCGAUCUAGGCCUCGAAUGAACCUUGUCUUGAAGCUCCUCCAAGGUGAUCCUGAGGUAGCCAAGUGGGUGAAGCUAGAGGUUAAUGCUUCAGAGGAGUUCGAUGCACAGGAUGAAGAAUCAUUUCCCCAUACUAAUAUCCAGUCCCAUCUGAAUGUUGCUUUGCUUGAUGUGGAGGAUGAUUCAUUGUCUGUAAGCAGCAUUGAGCAAAGCGUAUCAUUGGAGGACUACUUACAAGGGAGAUGGAGCCGCUCGUCAAGCUUCGACUAAUUGUGAAUGUUUGAAUCUCUGUACAUUCUUCUCAUCCCUUCCAUGUUUCCCUUUUUGUGUUUCCAACAAGUAGAUCUUGGAUGAGAGGUUGUUUUCUGUUAUACCCUCCUCCUUGCCUUGUAGACCAUGUCUCAAUCACUAAUUUGAUUGGGGGGCUGGUUUCAGCAACCAUUAACCAGUUCUCUUUGAUUCUUCUUUGUUAGAAAAGGUUGAUAUCUUAAUGUAUUAGUUGAAAUGCUGGAACAGUGUUUGUUGAGGUGGGCAUAAGUAACCAGUGCUUGAUGUUGUUACAUUUGAAGAAAUAAUAAGAGCCAAGGCUGCCUGGAAUGUUUCUUCCUUCAA